AUGGUUAGUAAGACAAGUAUAGAGAAGGCGAAGCGAGAGGAUGGGCGGUUGCACUUAGAGGAACUAUUAGUUAUGGAAAGGAAUGUAGUGGAUAAGUUAGGGCUACCUAUUUCAAACACUAUGGGAAAUUCAAUCACUUUAAGUAAUGAAGAGAAACUAAACGGGGUUGGCAACUACGUAGAGGUAGAAGUGAAGUUACCGGACUUGACAAUUAUAGAGGAUUUUUUUCCUCUCACCAUAAGUAACGUCGAUGUCAUUCUUAGGUUAAAAUGGCUCUCUACAGUUGGAGAAAGCCGAGAUGAUUGGAGAUAA